UAUCGCCUUUACGUAGAGUAUGGUUUCAAGAAUGCCCGCAAAAUGCCACAAAUGACCUUUACACCGAAGAAGAAUUGCAUCUCAGGUGAAACAGGAGAGGUUUAUUGUUUCAGUAGGUUACGUGAGUGCCGUACUAGUCGACCUAUUAUGCCAGUUGCCAAAUUUGAGACUACAUGCUGCUUUGUUGUUCAUUGAAAAACCUCUCAGGGUUCUGAAUGAUCACGCACUAUCUAAUUUAUUAACAAACAAUCUACAGAUGCUCAUCGACAAUUUGCUGAACAUUCUUUGAAUUACGAAGGCCGAUGAUCUUCGAUCAAAACACUCAAGUCACCGAUAUUGCCGAACGAGUAAAGUGUUCUAAAAGUGAGGUUUUUACAAGCCAACCGCGUAUGAUUCUAAACAAAAGUACGUAGCCAGAAGGUGGCCAAGUUAAAAAAAAACAGGACAAAACGCCACCAUCUUAAUGAACAACUCUUCUCUACAACAUGAAGGCAAUGAGCAAGCACCCGGUCCGUUGGUGGCGUGGAGCUUAGCAUACGGAUUGGUGGAUGUCGUCAUAUUGCUUGGAAAUGUCAUAACGCUCCUUGUAUUCUUUACGAAUAAAAAGCUUUUGCGCAUGCGCGCAAAUUACUUUUUGAUAAACCUUGCAAUAGCUGAUAUAAUGGUUGGUACGUUCGCCAUACCCAUGUACGUCUAUCAUUUUAUUGCUGCGUUGUACAAGGGUGACGGUGUCUGGAAACACUUCAGCUACAAGAUUUAUGUAUCAGUUGAUGUUUUCGUCGGUUGUGCCUCAAUUUUCACACUUACAUUCAUUGCCCUGGAACGAGCAUUCUCUGUUUGUUUACCUCAAAUUCACCGCCACGCGAGAGAAAAGACGUAUUAUGGACUUCUAGGCUCGAUUUGGCUGCUCUCUAUUUUAGUAUUCUGUCUGCGGUUUCUGUUUGAAACAGGGGUUCUUCAAUUGGAGGUUUUCUUCUAUGUUUUGCUUAUUGCCUUCUCCAUCGCCCUCUUAAUAAUCUGCGUCUCUUACGUGGUAAUAUGGUUCAAGAUGAAGUUCCGGUUUGCCAACAGAGAUGGGAACAAACGUAAGAGAGAACAGGACAAGCGACUCGCCAUUAUCCUUUUUGCAGUUACCGUGGUUUUCGUCCUCACGUGGAUGCCAUUCCAGAUCAUAAACAUUGUGGCGUUUUUCUGUGAGCCUUGUAGGAUGAACAUGUCAAACAACAGUGUUAAUUUUGCAAAGUUCCUGCACUAUGGCAACUCUUGUGUUAACCCUAUAAUAUAUUCCUUUUUGGUUCCCGAGUUUAAAAAAACUGUUUUCAGGAUUUUCAGAAAACUUCGAAACAAUGACGAUACUAGGAUUUCGACGUUCGAAAUGCAUUCGGCUAAAACGUAGUCAUGCGCUUAAUCAAUCUAGGUCAUCAUACAAACAGAUUUUACUGAUGACCGAGGGAGCUGGGGCGAUUAAUAGCUGCAGUUUUCAGUCUUAGGUUAGCAUUUCCUAAGGCCAGACUAGAUGUCAAGGUGUUGAUAAGUUUGUUCUUACAAGCAGUUUGCAUUGUCUGAUCCUCAUGAAACGUCUCAAAUCUUUUAAUUGCCUUGCAAUGCAAACUUUAACUUUCCAAUCGCGCCGGUUCUUCAGAACUUCCCUCGAUUUGUAAAUGAGCACUUUGACGCCUUACCCUGACGUAAAUGCGUCGUCGAGUGAAUCGCUUGCGCCCGGCAUAAAGAGAAAAUUUUGCCUCAAGUUGUAGCCUUCUUUAUUGAAUUGUUAUUCAAUACUUGAAAGUUAGACUUUUAGUCUCUCUAUAUAUCAUUGCUGAAGAUGUUCCUGUCCAGUUAACAAAUUGAAUGUAUCUCAUCGACUAUUUUUAGCUAGGUAACGAGUGUUCCCGAUGUAACUUCAAUUUCGAAGGCCUGAGGAAUGCUGUUGGCGGAAACAUAUCAUGAAACUACACAAAAAAUAAGGUGAAAAGAAUCGUCGGAAGAACGCCGUUAUACCAGAAUCAGUGAAGUGAAGCGCCUAACAAGUUAAUUUAAUAAUGAGCCUUUGUAUCGACACAAAACGAGAAGACCUUUAGAGCCAACCAUCAUGAUUUGUUCAAGAUAAUCGGCUGUGAGAAAAAGGGUUACUUAUUAUGAAACAAGGCACGAAGGCUCAGAGGUAGCAUUAGCUGUUAAGUUCGUCGAAAACACAUUAAGGAAAGUAAAGGUUUCGAAAAUGGAUUCUGAUAACCUUAUCUUUGUGUAAGAUACAUUAGGCAAAUUAACACCCAACGCAAUGUAAAUAAAGAUUGUUAUAAAUA